AUGAAGGUAAAGGAAGAGCCUGCUACUACUGCGUCCUCCAAUACCAGUGGGUCUAAUGACUUUGUUAAAAAGUUAUUCCAGAUGCUUCAAGAUGAAAAUUACAAGGAUAUCGUCAAAUGGACAGAUUCAGGAGAUAGUUUUGUGGUGAUAAAUACCAACGAUUUUACCAAAGAUAUUCUUCCUCGCCAUUUCAAACAUUCCAACUUUGCCAGUUUUGUUCGUCAACUAAACAAGUACGAUUUCCACAAGGUUAAAAUACUGAAUGAAGAAAAACAACAUUAUCAAUAUGGUGAAGAUGCAUGGGAAUUUCGGCAUCCUGACUUUAGGAUCAACGAUCGAGAUUCCCUUGAAAAUAUCAAAAGAAAGGGUCCUACAGCAAAGAAAAUAUCUCCAUCUUCCAUGUAUGGGAACUCCCAAAAUUCCAACGAGGGCCUAUCCUCUGCCUCUGGAGAGCUUGCUUCAAUCCGUGAGGAGCUCGAAAUGAUGCGCAGAACCCACAAGUCGUUGAUAGUGGACAUGCUGGUUUUGCAAACCAAGUACAGAACGGUAGUUGAAGGACUUGUUGGUCUUCAAAAUGUUAGUGAACGCAACUAUCGGUCUAUGGGCGCUCUCAUAAACACCUUAGUACAAUCUGGGAUCAAAUUACCUCCCCUCGACUUCCCAAACCCUACCCUUUCCAACUUACAACAACCAAAAGUUUUCGACCAGUCCAUGUAUCAACAACCUGUUCAGGCCCCACCAUUGCAUCCACACCGCCCUCAACAUCGUCCGCAACACACUUCCCAACAACCAUCGCUUUCAAGAACUCCCACUGAAGAUGUGAGCCCGCGGCUGCCACAAACGCUUGUGUCUGCUGCUGGGUCUCCGAAUAUACCUGGAAGUGUCAACUCCGUGGGUAAUGCAAUUGCAACCCAUCCACCACCACCAGCCACCACAGCCGGAGAUCAUAAUGGAGAAGUGCCAAUAGUCUCCACCACCAAUCUUCCUAAUCCAAAGUACCACGUUCUUCUCGUUGAAGACGAUAACGUAUGCAUACAAUUGUGCCGCAAGUUCCUUGUGAAGUACGGAUGCCAGGUUACGGUUGUCACUGAUGGUUUAAAUGCCAUAUCAACCGUGGAGCACACCAAAUAUGACCUUGUGUUAAUGGACAUUGUCAUGCCUAAUCUAGAUGGUGCCACGGCCACCAGCGUCAUUCGUAAUUUCGACACAAAAACUCCAAUUAUAGCUAUGACCGGAAAUAUCGAAGAUAACGAUUUGGUGACGUACCUUCAAAAUGGUAUGUCGGAUAUAUUGGCGAAGCCAUUCACCAAAGAUGAUCUCUACUCGAUUUUGAGCAAGUAUUUGUUGGCUCCCGAUGCUUCAACGCCAGUUUCUUCGAAUAUGCGGCAGCUAGCGGGAAUACAAGGACCGGCUCAGCAGAGUUUGAUCCUUCCCGAUGGUGAAGAGUCGGUGACCAAGAAGCCUCGGUUACAAUAG